AUGUUCGACGUCGAGUCGCCGUCCGCGGCGUCCGCAGCCAAAGACUUUCUGUACCAGCGACAGCUAGCACCGAACGCGGUCCCAUUGCUCGUGAGGCUGCAGAGGCGUCGGAUACUGUGGACGGCCGUGCUCGGAGUGUCCGUCAUCGUGGUGGCCACGGCCUUCCUGCAGAGAGGAAUCGUGCUCAAGUCGUACGCUGUUAGCAGCGGCGGAUCUGCUACUGAUACCGACGACAUUGAAGCCUACAACUUCUACGUGGGGUUGUGCACGUCAGUGCUGGUAAAGCCCUUGCUUGGAUUGGUGGGGGCGGUGAUCCCCGCUGUGCUGCUCUGCUUCUUGACCGAGAUGACGAUGCAGGAGACGACUUCAAGACGAACCCGGUUGAUUUUGGCUUUACUGAGCAACGCGGUGCUGUGGUUCCUGCUGAAUGGAUUCAUGGCUCUUUAUGUGAGCGAGCAGACAGCUCAAGUUGAUGCGGCGAUUGGCGAUAGCGAUUUAGCGGGGUACGAGAAUUCCUCUUCGUUCUCGGACUUUAACCGGACAUCGAGUGUGGACACGAUCCUCCGGAGUGCGAUGCAGAUGCCGGACGCCACAGCGGAGAACGCUGAAGGACAGUGCAGUCGGCCGUCACCGCGAAGGCUCCCAGCGCAAUUGAACUAUGGCUUCCCGUCUCGUCAGUGGCUUAGUGAAAUAUUACCAGUUGCUCCAGAGACCACAAGCUCUAACACGCUUUCGGUAUCGCUAAGCGACGGAGUCGAUACGACUGAAACACUUACGAUGCCUAUGGAAUUGACUACUGCUCGGAAUCUUGUGGGCUACGCGCUGCGUGCUACCGACGAUUUUUACCGUGAACAAGACAUGGCGGCAAACGCCAGCGCGUUUGAGUUGCUGGAUCUGCCCGAAGGUUUUGAUUCUGCGUCCUCCGAUGAUGCGAGUAUGACUCAGGCCCUUGUUAAAGCCACGAACGCCACUUUAAACUCCGCAGUCAAAACUCGUGCACACCUGCGAAACUUUAGUGUGGCUGAGAGUAGCGUGGAGUUUGUGAAGCUCCCGUGGGACACAGAUAGUGGUGAAUUGGUGUUUGAGGGCGUGACGCUGGAGAUUCCCAUGGACGAGGAUUUCUUGCGUAGGGACCUCACACUACUCAACGAUACGACGCAGUCCGUCGUGUAUGGAACGCAGGUGCUAAACGGGCUCUUUGAGAUUAAUGCAAAGGAGGAAUGCGGUCGAUACGGAUGUGUCGUAAGCCCCGUGGGAGCCGCGCUGACUACCGCCCCAGCCGACGAGGGCAGCCAAGUUCGUGCUCUACCAAUCUGCUUGGACGCGGACGGUAGCGAAGACUAUGAGGCGACGAUGGACGUGGACGGCAACGACUGUGAAUUUCGUUCCAAUAAUUCCAUGCUGGUGCUCAGUUUUGCCAAGAGAAUCGUUGGAGAUGCCAUCAGCUCGUCGCUAGUGAACAACUCGAACGGUGACGCGCUCGUGGUUAUGCUUACGAACGCGCGUAAAAUUUAUCAAGUGACUGCGGGCCGAUUGUCAUGGGAAACUACGGACCUUGCAGCUAAGUAUGAGGCUUCGUGCGAAGCUACCGGUAGCGAUUGCAAUGGUCUUGCAUUUCCUCUCUCCACCGACGAUCGACAGGUUAUUGUGGGCGCUGGCCAUUUGCCGGUGAGCAAUUUGACAAUUUAUUCCCCGUCGCUGCUGCUGUGGACGCCUCUGGUCACUUCAAACGUGCAGGAGGUGGACCGGAGCGAUAUUUUGAAGAGCGAUUUUGUUUUCCCCGACAAUUUUGACGACGCUACAGGGUGGCAACCCGUGGACGGAUCUCGAUGUGAACGUGAGCGUGGAGCCUUUAUGGACCGAGUCCAGAGCUCGCAUCUUUACUCGGAGCGAUCUCUGCACCCAGCCUACCAGUCCGCUCUGUUUUGGCUCUUCCAGCAUGGCGUGGUGAAGCAGAAGCUGAGCAAGACCACGCUGGCGUUCGAUGCCAGUGUGAAGUACGUGGAUGUGACGCUGUCCGUGCCACAGCUCUCAGCUACUCUCACGUUUAUUGGAUGCGCUAUGCUGGUACUUAUGAGCGUGCUGGUAUUUUUCGGCGGCAAGAGCAGGGAGACUGAGGUCGAACGGCACUUCAAGCCGCACCACUUGGCUCGCGUGCUCCUAGACGACGAAGCGUUCUCGCAUCGACUGCUCAAGUGCGACCUCCUCAACAUUGGCAACAAGUACUUGAACAGCUCCGAACUGUUAGAUCAGUUCGAGAUCAGCGGAUUGGCGCUACGGCAUCGGAAAAGACCGUCCGACGUGCUGAUUGUGCCUAAGAACCAACAAUCCACCACAGCGUCCGCCGCAUCGAGCCAGGCAGUGCACAUCGUGUAAGUAGCGUAUAACAUUAUAGAAAUAAUUUACUAUCCCCGCUUACU